GAGGCAGCGAGUUCUCUCUCUGUUGCUCUUCUUUUGGAUGACUGAUAAGAGGUGGUCAGCUGAGCUGACCGCCAUGAUCCAUUCACUCCAGCCAAGCCUAGGGGCUGGAGCUGGCCCUCCAGACGAGCCCCCUGCCCCUCCAAAUGAAGACUCUCCCGCAGUUCCCUUGAGAAGGACAGGAGAGGAACUGCCAGCAGCCCGGAGAAGCCGAUGGCCAGUCCUCUUGACUAUAGCAGCCUGCGGCCUCUUGGCCAUCACCCUCUGUCUCCUGACCAGCCACGAACCACAUUCUGGAGGCCGUACCUCAGCAGUGUCUAGCUGGAUAGUUCCUGCUUCCGUACCCAGAUGGGAUCUUUCCAAACUUAGCUCAUCCACUCCGCCCUCUGCUUUGUACAAUCCUAGCAGCAGCCCAUCCCCCUUCCCUCACCAGGAUCCAACUGGAACGGGAGAACCUAAAGGCCUGAUGCUCAGAAGAGUCAGUGACCCCAACCCUCGGCCUUCCAGGUGCCCUCCAGGCUUGGCUAACACAGAGACCAGUUCUGCUCUUCCUCUGUCUCACCCCUCUCUAGAAGCCAAGAGCCCUGCAGACUGGAGAGAGGAGAUGUCAUCCACAGGACACCAAAGGCCUCAGCUGGCCUCCAGUUCCCGAGGGAAGCAAGCCUCUCUGAGGAAGGAUAAACAGCUGAGUGCUCUACUCUAUCUCUUUACAGAACAGGGCACACUGGACUCUGGGUCUGAGGCUUCUCAAGAGGGCAAGGUUGAAGGCCAGGCCAGAGCCCUGGAGCUUAACAGAGCCCUGUCGCUCCAGGCUUGGGCUGAAGCAAGAGCUGUGUCCAGGCAGCUGUCUGACGGAAGUGGACAACUAUUGGGAUCCCAGCCUGGAUCCCAAGUUGAAGCCAAGGUGGGCAGAUUAAGUCCUGACCACCUGGGAGUGGCCACAGUCCCACUUCUGAGUGCCCCCUCCAGCCCCACUCAUACGAGCCCCAUGGUGUUGCCCAAGUGGUCCAAUCCCACAGUGAGUUCAGGGGAGCCAGGGACCCACAACAAGCCUUUCUGGGUGUCUCCCGAAGCCAUGGCAACUGACAGCCCAGUAGGAACAGAUGCUCACUCUUCUCACAUCCUUCCCACACCCCUGUCUUUUGCCCAGCAAGAAGGUGGCACAGCCGCUCCCACUUCCUACCCCUCAGAUUACUUGACAUCUGGAAGACUAGUUCACCCCUCUGCCGUGACUUCUCGAAGCCUCGAGCCAGGGACUAGGCAUCCAAACACCAGAGGCAGGGACUCCUCUUCUUCCUAUCUGCCCCUUGGGGAAGCAUGGCCUCCCAGCACAGCCAUCCCCAUGGUGACUGGCUCUAGGCUUCCACCUGCAAGGAGGAAUGAUGUGACAGGGAUGAAUGAACCUGGGUUAGGAGCUUCUGUCCCAGCUGCCAGCCCCCUAGACCCCAGUGAUAUUCCUGGUGUCUCUUUGAAGCCGCUGGCCUCAAAAACAUCCAACUCUUUCCUGGAUCCCACUGGAAUCCCGAACCAAACUCCUCCCUCCUCUAUACCCCUGGACUCCUCUCUGCCUGUGACCCUGUCUGGUCAGGAUCUGGGCCCCAUCUUCAAUCCAGCCGGUGAGAGCCUGGACUCAGGUAUCUUUCCUCACAGGUAUUCCCAACAGCCCACUGGUCUGGCUGAUCCUUCCAGCCUCCCAACCCCAGCUGCUACCAUGCCUGGCCUUCCUCUCGGUCCCUCCAGCUUCAGCCUUGGCUUGCAAAGGACAUCAUCCAGAUCACUGGCCAGCACUACAAAAACUCUUCCCCAUCUGGCUGGUGAUAUGGCCCUCUUUCCAAGGGCAGAAUUCCCAACAAUCUCCCUUGAUUCUUCCCCCAUUCUCCCUAAGGCAGUGGGGACACCCCCAGGUUCUUCUGGGCUGAGCCACCUGAAGAGUGUGAGCAGAGUCAAGCCUGCAGUCCCAGCUGCUGUGACUGUCUUGGCCUUCUCUAGUGACCAUGGUGACUUGCAGACAUUUGAGAUUCCCUCUCAGAGUGGCCAGAAGAUAUCUGACCCUAAGCCAUUGACUGCUAACGUGCCAGGAGGCUUCCUCUACCUUACUCGUGGGCUGCGGGCUGCGGCUACAACGGCCUCUCUGGAACUGACAGCCAGGGGAGUUGACCCAGCAAGGAUCUCAGCUAGGUCAAGAGGAGCCCAUGAGACUGCAGUUCCUGGAGAUCUUAAGAUCCACAAUCCUCAGCUGCUUGGUGACAGCUCUAAUCUGACUCCAACCACUGCUCUCAGUGGCUGGCUCUAUGCUAGCUCUUCCCCUGGAAUGUAUCUGCCUCGUUCAGCAUCCCCCACUGAGAACUCUCUUCCUAGGUACCCCCAGACCCACAGCCUGGGGAUUGACCCUAAAAACAGAGCCACCUUGGUUUCUAACACCUUGCCCUCCAAUCUCCCCCGAGAGGACUCAACUAGUUCAGCUGAGGACCAAGAACCUGGGGAAAGGGAACUUGGCUCAGGGGGACAGACAUCUGAAACUACAGCUCCUCUCACCCCUGGACAAGAAACUGCUACUUGGUCUGUAGAAAUGCCACCAGCUGUUCCAGGCAGACAGCUGCACCACACUCUCGGACCCAAGGUUGGAGCCAUCUCGGCUACGAUAGCCCCCGAGAAGCCUCUACACCCCUCUGUGGAAGACACGGCCAAAACUAGUGGUCCCAGCUUUCUGAAGGCUGCAGGGGACCAUGCAGCUUCCGGGACAGUGGAAAGUCCAAUUGGUUCUCCAGGGCCCCUAGCCAAGGCUACAGGAAAUGUGCCAACCCAGCUGACCCCCUUCCUGUGGACUAAACCAAGGCUUCUACAUGCCUCUAUGGGGCAGCUGGCCAGAAGUAGAAAAGCUCUGACCAUGCCAGCUGCAGCUUCAUCCCCUGGAAUUCCCAAGCAUUCAGUCUCGUUGACUAAGCCAAGCAUCUCUGCCCCAGUGCCUUGGGUGGGCACUGACACCCGGGAUUCUUCAACAAGAGCAAGUGGCCAUGCAGCUAGCCCUCCUGAGGUGACAUCCCCAUCCACUGACCUACCACCACCAGUCACCAUCCCUACCCUUUCAACCCAGUUCUUAGCUACCAGCCCCACCACAGUAAUGGGAUGGGAACCCAGUCAGAUGGCAAGGCUGCUGAUCACUCUGGCUCGGCCCGAGCCCCGGCAGGACCCAGCUUCCAGUCUCUCCCCUCGCCCUGGCCGGUGGGCUGCCUCCAUCCCUGAGCCCCAGACUCCAGGAUCCUCCUUGUCCACCAUUGUGCUCUCACCCUCAACUUCACUCAACCUGGCCCCUGCUGCUGGCUCCACUCUCACAAAGGAAGUGUUCCACGACUUCCCACUCCUUGAGGUAGCGGGUGAGUCUCCCAGAGGAGAGGGGACUGAGCGAUUUGAUUCCCUUGAAGGGAGAAGGCUGGAACUGGGCCCUCCAAGUGAGCAAGAGCCUCUCUCCCUGGACGUGAAGGGCCCUGUUACCAGGGAAGAGGCAGUGGCUCUGCCUAUUCCCCAUGCUGCCCCUACAGUCUCCUCCACAGAGCUGACUCCAAGCAAGGAUGCUCUUGUCCACUCCUCCUUGGUCAGGGGGACCACAACCUGUCCACUAGCAUCUGUGAGAGCCAGUGAUCGACCCACGCCUCUGACCGGUGCCAGUUUUCUGCCCUCCAGAGAGAUCCAGGCUCCCACGACUCCAGCCGGCACAGGCACUCCUAGAGAGCUGCUAUCCUCCAUCUCUCCACCAAGCCAGUCUUCGGGAGCCCCAGGCUGGAGCCCAAAGGAGGGUCCCAGUCCAGCGGGGCCGACCCGACCACGGCCUGCUACAACUGAAGCGCAUCCCAUUCUAAAGCCUGUGUCAAAUGGGUAUGUGCCACCUCUCAGGAAGGGUCCCCUGGGACAAGGACCUGGGUAUUCUCCUCCGCUGGCUGCCUUGCCCACCCUUCCUCUGCAGUUUCGCCUGACUGGCAUUGCUUUUACUGAGCCCCUGGAGGAUGAAUACUCGGUCACCUUCAGGAAACUGAAGACAGAAGUCACUCUAACACUACGGAAGAUGCUGUCCUCCUUGAAGGGCUUCCGCAAGAUCAACGUCCUCGGCUUCUUGAAUGGGUCGGUCACAGUCCAGAGUGAGGUGGAGUUCCAGGAUGACCAGGUGCCCAGCAGUUCAACCCUCAUCCGCACUAUCGUCACCAUGGUCCAGGAGAAGAUGGACACCUAUUUUUCCUGGAGGGUGGACUUGGCCUCCCUGCAGUCAAAUGGCUACAGCUUGAGAAACCUGGAGCCGGAGAUUCUGCCUGUAUUCUUUGUUGCCCUGAGACUCGGCUCUGCUGCGGCCCUUGGGACGAAAGACCACCAAAGCCCCCUGGCCCAUCUGAAGUACCAGGUGGUGUACUCCGUGGGCCUGCUGUAUCCUGUGGAGACAUUCUUCAUCAACAGCCUCAGGGAUGUCCAGGGAGACUUGGCAGUCCAGGGGGAGGUCGUCGUCCAUUCUCUGACCCUGAUCAACGUUGACCUGAUCUUGCAGAAGCUGAAGAGGCUCGCAAACUACUCCGUGGACCUGCGCUUUCUCACCGUGGCUGAUUCCAAGCUCACCCUGCAAGAGGUCCCCAUCUCCUUCCUGGUCACCAACCGGAGGUUUGAGGAGCAGCUGCUGAUUCGCUCUUCCUUGGAACACCAAGGGCUGUCCGGGGACCUCUCUGCACUGGUGAUGCAUGUGUUGAGUUCCUAUAGCAGCCUCCUGCAAGUGGUGGUGGAGGAUUUCCUGGGUGGCUCUCUGGUCUGCAUGGGGACACUGGUUUUCCAAGACCCAGUGCCCAACACCAAGGACCUUCUGCAUACGCUGGCAGACUCCAUCGGUCUAGACUAUCACUUUGCUGGCUCGGACUUCCAGGUGGACCCCAGCUCCUUCCAAAUAGCGGAUGAAAAGAUGAGUUCCCUGCCCAAGUACCAAGGUUUGCCUGGCCCCACCGUGGGACUCAUCGUGAUCUCCCUCCUGUUCCUCACCUUCAUGAUCAUCGUAGCCCUGUGUCUAAGGACCAGGAUGUUUGGCUACUGGAACCGAGGAGUGUUCUCCCCACUGCAUGAAGUGAAUGUCCACAGGCAGACUUUCGAACUGGAAAACCAGGCCUUUGAACCCCCCAGAGAGGAGGGGAAUGGUGGGCGUGCCUUAGCAGCAGACAACCUGGGAUUUCUCCUCACCACUGAGGAGGACCAUGAAGGUCAGACCCCCCUGCCUCAGACACAGGAAUCUAAGGCUCCAUGUGAAGCUUCUAGCAGGAACAAUCUGGCUCUGGCCUCUUGCUCCUCUGCCCCAAAGAAUGGCUGAUGGGUCCCCCUGUUCUCCUGAGACUUGCUGCAGACAUCCACCCAGACAGCAAAGUGGGCAUAUGAAGUGGACCCUGCUUGAGGCCCUGCUCCCUCUUCUCUUUGUGGGCUCUUCCAACUUCUUACCACUCCAAGCCCCCUCCUUUCCCUUCCUCCUGUUGCCGGGAGCCUUUUAUGUGCCCUAGCUGUGCUCCUGCCCCUUUCUUGUGGAUUUUUUUUUCAUGUAUGAGGCAUCUAUACCUUAGUGUUAAAUAAAAGCAGUUUUUUAAAAAACUUCA